AUGUGCUUCCUCAUCUUUGCUCUCUACUACUCAGUGAUGGUGUCCUUGGCCUUGCUACGGGGACAGAGGUUUCUCAAACCCCCUCUGCCCCCAAGGGAGAAGCGAGGACGCAGGUGGUGGCGGCUGGUACCUGUGGAAGGAAUGAUGAAGAUAGCGGUCGCCCUGGCUGGCAUCAUGGGUGAGCUCUUCUACCCCCCAGGAGUAAACCGGCUGAUGAUGGUAGACUGGGAGGACCCUCGGCGGCCGUUCGUGUUCUGUACCAACUGGUAUCACAUCACCAUGUAUGGGUUUUUCAUGCUCAGUGGCGUGGUGGACAUUGUGAGCCAGGCGUGCCAGGCGCAGCAGAACGCGAAGGUGGAGCGAGCGGCUGAGGCCCUGGCCUUCUGCGUGCUGGUUCUGCUGAUGGCGUGUCACGUGGAGAACAAGAGCCCCCUGGAGGUCCGCACCCACCUGCUGUUUGUGGCGCUCACCUUCCUGAUUAGCCUGGUGCUCAUCAUAGAAGUCUGGGUCCCUGACCAACCCUCGCUCUGGGUGCUAAAGACCUGGAUGGGGCUGGCGCUCAGCAACUGGAUGCUGCAGCUGGGUGUGCUGAUGUACGCCCCUCUCUCCGGGCAGCCCUGGAGGGCAGAAAACCCUGUGGACCUCGCCUUCCUCCCACUCUUCUUCUGCUGGCACCUGGCCUUGGCAGCUCUUGUGCUGGCCGCUAUCUAUGGCCUCUGCAGCCUCUGGCACCGUCGCUUCUCCUCGCAGAUGGAAGUCCCACACGCCAAAUACCAGCUGUGUCCCAGGAGCUACAGCAGCGAAGACCUGGAGAAGCUCGGGACAGAGGCCAUGCUGCAGGAAGGGGGCAUCUAG